UUUUAAAAAAAGUAUAUAAGUACUAAGCUAAAAAGCUAAUGCGCAAUAGCAUUAACUAUAUUACUAAAAUUAAAUUUUUACUAUGCUUUAAACUAGCUUUUAAUACUACUAUUAUAAAAAGCAAUAUUUUAAGUAGCUUUAAAGGCGCUAGUCUAGUUUUUUUUAACUUUAAAGUUAUAAUAUUAAAGCUUAAUAUUUAG